CGCCGCCCGGUUGUGUUGCUGCUGCUCAGCGCACGCCCGCCAUGGCCAACCCCGUCGUCUUUUUCGACAUUGCCGCCAGCGGCGAGCCCCUGGGGCGCGUCACCUUCGAGCUGUUUGCAGACAAGGUCCCGAAGACAGCAGAGAACUUCCGUGCCCUGAGCACUGGUGAGAAGGGAUUUGGCUACAAGGGGUCCUGCUUCCAUAGAAUCAUUCCUGGGUUCAUGUGCCAGGGUGGUGACUUCACGCGCCACAAUGGCACUGGCGGCAAAUCCAUCUAUGGGGAGAAGUUCCCUGAUGAGAACUUCAUUCUGAAGCACACAGGGCCUGGCAUCCUGUCCAUGGCCAACGCUGGCCCCAACACAAACGGCUCCCAAUUCUUUAUCUGUACUGCCAAGACCGAGUGGCUGGAUGGCAAGCACGUUGUCUUUGGCCGUGUCAAGGAAGGGAUGAACGUGGUGGAGGCCAUGGAGCGCUGUGGCUCUAAGGAUGGCAAAACGAGCAAGAAGAUCACCAUCACUGACUGCGGGCAGCUGUCAUGAACCCCUGCUCCCAACUGACCAUUCCUGCAGCAGCCUGGGUGCUGCACCCUGCUGCAGCUCACCCCCUCCCUCCCUGCUCCUGACUUACUGCUGCGUUUCUACUGGGGCUUGGCCCCAUGUGCACAGCCCAGCUGGGCUGCCGUUACCUUUGAGUCAAUAAAACGAGUUAAAU